GUUAACACAGAACUCAGCCUCUGGGGCCAUGCCGGUUCUAAGGCCUGCUGCUUCUCCUGAGCCCCAGCAGAAGACAGAAAGGCUGGUCCUCAGAGUGGAUGACUUCCCCUCCCUGAUCAAGAGGUGGGGCAGUGCUUGGGAUCUGCCCAUCACCAGACUCUGGGCUUAAUAAGCCAGCUGGAUGAAGGCAUAUAACAGACCCCUGGGAGGGACACGGAAGCCAGCAGUGGGGGGGGAGGGGCCUGGACAUACCCCUUCCCCCCCAGACUCCUCCCUCUCAAAGUACGCUGAGCCAUGGACUUUGGACUGGCAUAAGGAGAGAAGCUGCACUUUGUCUCUGGUUUGGGAUUCUCAGUUUUGGAAAUGGAGUGCUGGAUGGGGGUUUGAUGCUCUCCAGGGGAGCAGCUGAGAGAAGAGAAGAAAGAAUUUCCGCGUGUGUUCUCCCGAGUCAGCAAAUGGGGACAGUCGCCUCUGCCCCGCUCCUUCGCCUCCGGUUCCUUCCGUGCUCUGGGUGUGCUGGCUGACCCUCCAUGGAGAUGGUGGGCGCUUGCCUUUGCUCCUGACUGCUGUGGGAACAUCUCUGGUGCUUCCUUACUGGGUGCAUGGCUGCUUCCUGAUCCCAAAGCCCAGAGGACACCCUUAGAAGUGCGGGGAGUGAGCCCGGCCAGCAGGGCAGCUUGGAGCCCCCCUGGCACCUCCCCCGCGGGGGCCAGGAUGCUGAAGAAGCAGUCCGCAGGGCUUGUGCUGUGGGGCGCCGUCCUCUUUGUGGCCUGGAACGCCCUGCUGCUGCUGUUCUUCUGGACCCGCCCUGCGCCCAGCAAACUGCCCUCAGACAGCGCGCUGGAUGACGACCCCGCUGGGCUCACUCGCGAGGUGAUCCGCCUGGCCCAGGACACCGAGGUGGAGCUAGAGCGGCAGCGGGGGCUGCUGCAGCAGAUCUGGGACUACCAUGUGCGGCGCAGCCAGCGGUGGAGGGCACCCACUGCAGUCCCCCCAGCGCCGCCUCACGCGCAUGCGACCUCGCCGCCAGCUGUGAUCCCCAUCCUGGUCAUCGCCUGUGACCGCAGCACGGUCCGGCGCUGCCUGGACAAGCUGUUACACUAUCGGCCGUCGGCCGAGCGCUUCCCCAUCAUCGUCAGCCAGGACUGCGGGCACGAGGAGACGGCUCAGGUGAUCGCCUCCUAUGGCAGCGCCCUCACGCACAUCCGACAGCCGGACCUGAGCACCAUCCCGGUGCCGCCCGACCACCGCAAGUUCCAGGGCUACUACAAGAUCGCGCGCCACUACCGCUGGGCGCUGGGCCAGGUCUUCCAUAGGUUCAAGUUCCCUGCGGUGGUGGUGGUGGAGGAUGACCUGGAGGUGGCCCCGGACUUCUUUGAGUACUUCCAGGCCACCUACCCGCUGCUGAGGGCUGACCCCUCCCUCUGGUGCGUGUCCGCUUGGAACGACAACGGCAAGGAGCAGAUGGUGGACGCGAGCAAGCCGGAGCUGCUCUACCGCACCGACUUCUUUCCCGGCCUGGGCUGGCUGCUGCUGGCCGAGCUGUGGGCGGAGCUAGAGCCCAAGUGGCCCAAGGCUUUCUGGGAUGACUGGAUGCGGCGCCCAGAGCAGCGGCAGGGCCGGGCCUGCGUGCGGCCGGAGAUCUCCAGAACCAUGACCUUCGGCCGCAAGGGUGUGAGCCACGGGCAGUUCUUUGACCAGCACCUCAAGUUCAUCAAGCUGAACCAGCACUUCGUGCCCUUCACCCAGCUGGACCUGUCCUACCUGCGGCAGGAGACCUACGACAGGGACUUCCUGGCCCGCGUCUACGGCGCCCCCCUCCUGCAGGUGGAGAAAGUGAGGACCAGCGAGCAGAAUGAGCUGGGGGAGGUGCGGGUGCAGUACACCGGCAGGGACAGCUUCAAAGCCUUUGCCAAGGCCCUGGGAGUCAUGGACGACCUCAAGUCGGGGGUCCCGAGGGCAGGCUACAGGGGCAUCGUCAGCUUCCUGUUCCGGGGCCGCCGUGUCCACCUGGCGCCCCCGCAGACCUGGGGCGGCUACGAUCCCAGCUGGAAUUAGCUGCUUGCCUGUCCCUCCUGGGCCCCAGCGUUGCCGCCUCCCGUGCUGAGAGGACUGAGGAUCCCACCAGGGGUCUACAUCGCCCUCUCUGUUUCUCUCUUGGGUCCAUUUAUCUUUUUAUUAUUAUUUUUUUAAAUUUCUCGAGUGGCAUUCGAGUGCACAGAUGACAAGGUGAAGAUUAUUCUAUUCUCAAGAUGGUCAAAUCAGGGAAACUUCCGCAGUAUGUUGGGGGGUAUUAAGCAGGAAGUCACUGUCAUAGGGCGAGAUGGGCUUGCUCCGCUCUCGUGGCCACAGCUUCUGUGUGCCAGGUGUCAGUCCUCCCCGGGCGUCUGCAGAGGUUGGCAGCCUCAGUGCUGUUGACCAGGCCUCUCUUCCCGGUGCUGGCUCUCACAGCCAGGGUAUGAGCCCCCUCUCACACCUGACCCUUCCCCUGCAUUAGAGGGGGAGCUGGGUUUUGUGAGAAGGGAACAUACUUGUGGCCAAAAUCAGACUAACCAAAGGGGUUUUACCAUCAGGGUCUGGGUACAGCUGCUGGGUUGUCAGGGUCUCUGCCUCCCACCUGUGUUUCCCUCUUCCUCUCUCCAGGUCCCUGACCUCCUCACGCUCUUCCGUCCCCACAGCCCAACAGUUCAGGGUUCUCCGAUGAGAAGUUGAAGGGGAAAAGAAAGGCCGAACCUCCGCUUGCCCCUGGCAGUGGGCCUUGGUGCGCAGGGCAUUCUCCCUGUCCAGCCUAGAAGAGACUCACUGCCCUGAUCCUGGACCCUGUCCUUUCUGAAAGCUGACCCCUUUCCUGCCACUCUAGGCAGGUUCCGGGUGGGCUUGGAGGAAGAGAGCUCAGCCCCUUGUCCCUUUUCCCUGGGGUCUGCUGCACAGGCUCCUGCCUGAGACCUCUCAGGGGAGGCAGGGCAGCCCGGACAGGGUGGUCCAAUGUCCCUUCCCAUUCCCUAGAUGCCUGGGUCCAGUCACUGUGGGAUGCAGAGGAGGGUUGGAGAGCACUGUCUGUGUUUUUGUGUCUUGCCUGACCUCAGUUCAUGGAAGAAAGUUGAACCUGCAGAACUAUUUUCAAAAAUAAAAGGCCGAAUUGCCUGAGAAA